GAGUCGAGCAUUUAGCGUCAAGCAGCUCACAGUGUAACUCUCCACCCUGGCUAGUACUCAGACCAAGGCUCAGCUCCAUCAGGCAUCGCUCAUGUUAGAUUCAGCGCCCUCGUGCGAUCUCGCAGCCCCUACGUGUAGUCCUACCGGACCCCCCACUGCCGACAUGAAGGCCCAAGUCGACAUCAACCAUCUUCUCAACGCUGUGGACACGGAGAUGAAUGUGGGGAGUGAGAAAGGAGACCCUACGGAGCGUCAGCUCUCCGUCAAGUUGGAGGAUAAAGAUCUGUGGGGAAAAUUCAAGGAGUUUACCAACGAGAUGAUAGUUACGAAAAACGGCAGACGGAUGUUCCCUGUGUUCAGAACGUCAAUCACCGGCCUGGACCCUAAUGCAAUGUACACCCUCCUGCUGGACUUCGUGCAGGUGGACAACCACAGAUGGAAGUACGUGAAUGGGGACUGGGUGCCCGGGGGUAAGGCCGAGCCUGCUGCUCCCAACUGUGUCUACAUCCACCCCGACUCCCCAAACUUCGGUGCCCACUGGAUGAAGGAGCCCAUCUCAUUCAGCAAAGUGAAGCUGACAAAUAAACUGAACGGCGGUGGUCAGAUUAUGUUAAACUCCCUUCACAAGUACGAGCCCCGUCUUCAUAUUGUGCGUGUCAACUCUCGCACACAGAAAAAGAGCAUUAUGACGUUCAGCUUCCCAGAGACUCAGUUCAUCGCCGUGACGGCUUACCAGAACGAGGAGAUCACAGCGUUGAAGAUCAAGCACAACCCAUUUGCCAAAGCAUUCCUGGACGCCAAAGAGAGGCCCAAUGAGAGGGACUUCGUUGAAGAAGGGGAUGGUUCUCGAUCCUUAUCACACUUAACGGGCACCUGGUACCUUCCCCCCGGUAGUCACGCGCUGGUACCCCCUCCUGCUCACCAGUUUGCCAAUCCGCUGAGUCUUUCCAACCCUCACUGUGAACGCCUCACCCUCAGGAACCCUCGCCCGUCCCCCUACAGUCAUCCGUACCAAAGGCGCUCACCCCCUCACAGUAACUUCAGUCGAGAUGUUAGCGCCAACCUUCCCAUGUUGAACCUGACGGAGAACUGGGCCCACAUGUCUGCAGCGGGGAGUCACGGGAUGCUAGCGGGACAGAGCGCACCACCCCAGGGGCAAUACGGGAUGUGGAUGAGCUCUGCUGUGGGCAACCUGUCUCCCAAUCAGAACUGUUCCAUGCCUUACUUGAGGACAACCGCUCCCUACUCCCCUCCCAGGGUCCUCAACGCCCGUCACGAGCAUCUCCUCCGUGCCCCCUACGGCCACCACGGUCGCCUCACAACCAUCCUUUGAGCACCCGUGCGAUAUAUCCUCAUAUUCGUCAAGAGAGAACGCGCCACGGUCCAACUGGAGCCCCUUGACCCCACCUCCAUUAUGACCGAUUCAGGGAUAGAUACAACAAAUACAUUACUGUGAUAUAGGUCAAGUUCAUGUGCCGGCACCCCACCCAGAAAAAGCCAAACGUGGACGUCAUGUUCAACAACCGACGUGGUUAUUGAAGGCACCGAAUGGAAACACGCCGCCGCGUCGACUACGAUUGUGCAUUAAGUGCCUGGUAGAGUGUUCUUUAGGAAGUGACUAUGUAAUAUGCAGGAAAGUUAUCGUGUCAUCAACAGCGAUACCAGCCCCCCGCCCACUCCAUCGGUGUCAACUACGACGCAUGUGUGACAAUAUUAGGCUGCCACACAGCCCUUUCAUAAAGAGCUGUUAAAGACAGGGUAGGUGUGUGUGUUGGACGGGGAGCCGUGCACGGCGAGUUAGAUACCUCCAGUAAGGCAAAAGCCUGGCUACAUUCCUCGUGAAGACUGCUGUGCAGUAGACAAAGUGAUUGGUGUGGCGAUCACACUGCGCUAUGGAGCUCCGGUCAACCAGCCAUUUGAACAGGUGUUCUUGGCAAACAUAUCGUUACGGCUGUUGUGUUGAUAUUCCGUUGCCGACAGCGAGAGACGAACCAGAGGGCAAAUAGCGAGGGGCUGCCCUGGCACUGUCGCAUUGCAGGGCAGAGUAAUUAGGGAAGAAGGAUAGACACCUCUGCUUCACACGCUGUCCUGCUAGCAUUUGGACAUGGCCUAGCGGAGACACUCCAGGCUAAAGCGUACUUAAAUCAAGCACACUAACUCAUUCCAUCAGUUGAAUGACAAACCUGAGACAAGCGAGGACCCAUCAUUCCACACAUUUUUAUUUAAUUAUAACCCUAGACUAGUCAAGCAGCUGACUGACCACGCUGCGCUUUGAGGGACCGGGCACAAGAGUCUCGAAGACACAACCCAAAGAUUAAACUGUGCCUUAUUUUAUUAAAACAUGUUUGUGUAUAUUUUGUAUAUAUGUUGAACUUGAAUGGAUUUAUAUUUAGAUACAACGAAAUAAAAUUAAGUCUCUAGAGAAAUG